AACAUUUUCCCUCCCAAAUCCGAAUAUCCCCAACCCAACUCUCAUCACACACAAAACCAAUAAACCAUCACCACACCGUCCUGGUCGUCGUCUCCAACCAACCAAAUUCUUGCACACGCGCAGCUCGAGCCAUGGCCGGAGUGAGCACCAGCGUCGUCGGCCUCAAGCCCGCCGCGGCGGUGCCGCAGUCGGCCGCCUCGCCGGUGCCGAAGCGCGUGCACGUCGCUGUGCCGCCCAAGGAGGAGCAGGGCGGUGGCAGGCGCGCCGCGCUGCUGGGUCUCGCCGCCGUGUUCGCCGCCACCGCCGCCGGGCAGGCCAAGGCCGGCGUGUUCGACGAGUACCUCGAGAAGAGCAAGGCCAACAAGGAGCUGAACGACAAGAAGAGGCUGGCGACGAGCGGCGCCAACUUCGCGAGGGCGUACACCGUCGAGUUCGGCAGCUGCCAGUUCCCCUACAACUUCACCGGCUGCCAGGACCUCGCCAAGCAGAAGAAAGUCCCAUUCAUCUCAGAUGAUCUCGAGAUCGAGUGCGAGGGGAAGGAGAAGUACAAGUGCGGAUCCAACGUCUUCUGGAAAUGGUGAUGAUCUGAUGAUGAUCAUCGAUCGAUUGGCCAGCCAUGAAAACAUUCCUGUACCUAGAACCUUUGUGAUAUGACACAACUGCAUGCAUAAUUGAACGCUUGUCGUGCUCACUGUGUAUUUGUAUCAUCUGAGUGGAGAUUUGUAGCGAAUUUUCUCUCGAUUCGUCGAUCUCACUUUGAUUUCUAAUCAUGCAUCUUAUAUUGGUUCACCAA